GUUUCUCCGCUCCAGGGAAGUGGUAAAUUGUUGUUGUUCUGCUAGGAAAAGUUGAUCCUUAUGUAUUUAUUCCCAAAUUGUAGUAUUUCUUAAAAAAUGAUUCUUGCUCCGAUUUUAUGUUUUGGAGGAAUCCCAACAAGCACAGCUCUAAAUCAUCAAAGAAAAUCGUACCAACCUCUUUCUUACAACAGGGUAUCCAAUCAGAAAUCAGAAGCGUGCGAGUGUUUCGAUUUGCAUAAAGAGAUAGUUCCAUAUAGGAAGGCAUGGUCUUGGCAGAAACAGAUUGUUAAGGAGAAGAAGGAAUUGAUCCAAAGAAAUGGGGAUUGUCCGGAUACUUUGAUUGUUCUUCAGCAUCACCCUGUGUAUACAAUGGGUACCGGAAGCUCUGAAGAGUACCUGAACUUUGAUAUAAAGGAAGCUCCUUUCGAUGUUUACCGAACCGAGCGAGGCGGUGAAGUCACAUACCAUGGCCCUGGACAGUUAAUAAUGUACCCCAUUAUCAAUCUCAGAAACCACAAAAUGGAUCUUCAUUGGUACCUCAGGGCACUUGAGGAAGUGGUUAUUCGAGUUCUUUCAUCCACAUUUUCUAUUAAGGCUUCCCGGGUUGAAGGUUUAACUGGCGUUUGGGUUGGAGAUCAGAAAUUGGCUGCAAUGGGGAUAAGGGUAUCUCAGUGGAUAACUUACCAUGGAUUAGCUCUGAAUGUUACCACGGAUCUAACACCUUUCAAUUGGAUAGUUCCAUGUGGGUUACGUAAUCACAAGGUUGGAAGCAUAAAGGGAUUGCUUGAAGAAUUCUGGUUAUCCAAUAGAUGUGAUGAAGCAGAUAUGCAUCAUCUUGAUGAUUGUGAGUUGAUUGAUAUCUCACAUAAAUCCCUGAUUAAGGAGUUUUCUGAAGUUUUCCAGCUUGAAGUCCACCAAAAGACUAUGCAGAUGUCUGAUUUUCGAAUAGAGAACUGUUAAAAUUGUCCCAGAUAUAAAUACCAGUUAUAAACUUUUGAUUGUUUCCUUGUUCUUGAUCCAUGAAUUACUUGCCAACCACCCUGGCCUGGAUAGCAAAUGCUUAGGCUACCUCCUACCCUUCUGUUGGCACCACUUCUCUUCCCCCACCUAUUAGUCCGAGUUGUAAAAAUGUAUAAGAUUUACGUACCUGUAGAACCAGGCUGCUUAUUGUAUCAUUUCUAUCUCAAAUUAUGUUCUGAAUCCUAGAUCGAGAGAAGGAAACUUGUUACUUAGGGCAUGUACACUGGUGUUCAAUGUAAUUGUUAUUUUCUUAAAUUAGAACAGAAACAAAGCUUCGCCCCAUUA